CUGCGUUGUCUAUCAAGUCAUUUGAUUCAAUAAAAAAAAAAAAAAUUACUUCCUCAAUUUUAUAAGUUGCAAAAACAAAGAAGAAGAUGGGUUUAAUGCGGUCGAUGCUUCCAAAUGCAAAGCAAAUAUUCAAAUCACAAUCUAUGAGGAACAAAAACGGAUCACAAUCAUCAACAACAACUUCACGGCUUGUUCCGAAAGGUCACGUAGCGGUUUACGUUGGAGAACAAAUGGAGAAAAAGAGGUUUGUGGUUCCGAUAACAUACUUGAACCAUCCUAUGUUCAGAGAAUUCCUUAAUCGCGCUGAGGAAGAGUGCGGAUAUCAUCACUCGAUGGGUGGCUUGACCAUACCUUGUCGAGAAGAGUCGUUUCUUCAUCUCAUUACUUCUCAUCAGCUGCAUUGAAGAACGCAUUCGUUGAUAUCUAGUAGUCUUAAGGGCUUUAGUGAAAGCUGUUUUUGUUUCCUCUUUUAAUUAAGAGGAGAAUUACUUAUGUGUGUAUAUGAUGACAGUACUUGUUCAAAGCUUAAGUUGUACUUUAAAAUAAGAUUUGAGAAGUUGAACUAAUAUUCAAACCA